GAAGAUGAGCGAUAUCGUGGUCGCGGAGGGAGCCGUUAAAAUCAGAGACGGUAAAAAAUGGAAGAGUCGCUGGCUCGUUCUGCGCAAACCCUCACCGGUGGCAGAUUGCUUGGUGAUGCAUGUGUAUAAGGAACGCGGUGUGAAGGAAAGGAGCAGCAUGACUCUAGAGCACAUCUGUGGUCUGGAGGCACGUGUCGACAGUGACGGCAUUCCUUUCACCCUCUCCAUCCUGUGUCUGACUCAAACGGCAGUGCUCGGCUUUGACAGCAAAGAGGCGUUACAGAGCUGGGACCUGCGACUGCGCUACUGCCUCGGAGAAGUCCACAGUUUCAGCGUCUCUGUGCUUCCGGGCACUAAACUGGAAAGCGGCCCUGCUACUCUACAUUUAUGCAACAAUCUUCUGGUCCUUGCUAAAGACCUGCUGCCGGUAGUCAUUGGCCACUGGAACCUGCUGGACCUGCGGCGAUAUGGUCCAGUGCACAACGGUUUCGUUUUUGAGGGAGGGGCACGCUGUGGUUACUGGGCUGGCGUGUUCUUCCUGUCCUGUGCCGAUGGUGAGCAUAUCAGUUUUCUGUUUGACUGUGUUGUUCGUGGUAUUUCUCCAUCCAGAGUCCCGUUUGGAUUGAAGCCACUGCUGCCAGAAUCCAAUGUCAGUGCUGCUUCAGUACAGGACAGACUAAACCAUGAAGCUGAAGAGCUGGAACGGAGGCUUGAUCUGCUGUCUCAAAGCACAGCGUCCAGCUCCAAUGUUGGCUCCUCGGUGGCUGGAGACAACCGCAGCAUAUCUGGGUCAUCUGACACCUCAGACGCCAGCCAAUCAAAUUGCACAAAUAGCAGUCGCCAUGCAAUGUGGACAGAGUGGGUCCAGCCCUGCUCAGCUGAAACAUCCCACCCUUUAGCCCCUAGGACAACUUAUGAGGCCGAGGCGAAACUGUCUGGAAGCUCGACCGGUUGUCUCCGAGAUCCAGUCCGCUCAAGGAAGCUUAAGGAGACUGACCGACAGAACUCAUCCGACAGUGGAAUUGCAACGGGAAGCCACUCUUCUUUCACUGGAAGCUUCUCCUCCUAUAGUGGCAUUCUGGAAGCUCCAGGUCAAGGGGAGGAGUAUGGGAUGCUGCUCAACAUACCACCACCUGUGAACCCGGAGAAGCACUUGUGCACCUGCCCACCCUGCUCUGCCAAUGAGUACCAGGUGCCCUUGUCUCUGCGAUACCUGUAUGACACUCCUCGCAGUCUGCUGGAGAUUGGGAGGACUUUUGAAGACACCAGAGACAGAAGUAGAUCUAAAAAUGAUACUGGACUUGUAGACUGGGGACAGCCUGAGCAGUCAGUCAGGAAGCAGUCUGAAUGUCCCAGCCAAUCAGAUUCAGGCCCAGUCCUGAUCUAUACUGACAGGAUAGAAGAGACACUAAGAACUCUAGAUCUUGAUAGAGAAGAGGGUCUUAAGACAAGGGAGGAGCUAAAUGAAGAAAAGGAGCCUAAGAAAGGGAAUGUGUCUCAGAGAUCAUCUUGUAGUAAGAGCUGCUGUGACUGUGCAACCUGUUUACCUCUUCCUGUCACCUCCAAAUCACUGUUCACUACCUGCCCCAACUGUGGAGGACUCAAGGGGGCACUUCUGCCUCAGCCUGGAGUCACUUUUAAGUCUACUCUGCCAGAUAAUAGACAGAGGAUUUAUGCAGAGAAAGGAAGAACAGAUCCUGCCUAUGAAAUCAUGGACAGUCGAGCGACGGAGAGGAGCAUUGAGUCAGAGAAGAGGAGCAGGAAUGAGCUAAUGGCGAGUUGUAGUGGAUCACAGUUUGGCUCUCAUCAUUUCACUGAUGGUGGAGUGUUUGCAUUUCCUGUGGACGGCUCGGCAGCAGCUGACAGGCCGAGGGGAGACACAGUAACAUACGUGAACAUUCCCACCAGCCCCACAUCCAAGAAACAGCUGCAUUACAUGGAACCAGAGCUUCAGGAGGCCAUCACAGCCAUCAGAGGGAAAAGCUCCAGUAAAUAUGCUCAGAUUGACAUAGCAGCAACUGAGGCAGCUCACAGAGCCGGUACCCAGCAUGCUCAGGUGCGAGAGGAGGGUCUGCAGAGACUGGAAAAGAGGAGGAGCGCCUCAGUGAUGACAUCGUCAUUACAGCAAUAAAGACACAUCAGUCGUCUCCUCCAUCAGGAAUGAACUGAAAGACUCAUAUCUAGAGAGUGCUCAUGUCUCACAUUGGCAAAAUUGACCAAGAUACCGGCAACAGUCAAGAGCCACACACAUAUACACACUUCUAUUGUUUUUAAAGCUACGCUUUUUUCUAUGUUAAAAUACUUGCUCCUAACCCAGUUUAAUAUGAAGAGAUAACAAUAAGUGAGCCAUUUUAUAUGGUAUGAUUGUGUUGUUCUGUAUCAAUUAUGGUACAUUUUGUUCACCUUAUUUUUUGUGAAGAGAUUUGCACAUUACUAUUGUUAAUUAGAUUAUUAUUGUAUAACAAACAGUUGAAUUAUAGCUAAAAUACGCUGGAUUCGCAAGCAGCAGUUACAUUGAAUUUUGUAUCAGUUAGCAGGAGUGCUAAAGACAAAUGAGCUCAUUUGCAAUUGUCCAUGAAGUGAAUUACCGACUGGAUUUUACACAAGAUCUCAGUGUAUUUGGCUCAGGAUGGCAUAGAUCAAACUAUGUUUCUGUUUUUCUAGCAGUGUGAGUUUGAGACCAACAAUGUGUACUCACGUGUUGCAUACCAGUGCAUUCAAUUUAGUGUGUGUGCGUGUAGCCAUUUUCU